UUUGUCAUAUGUAAUCUACCAAGACAAGUUACAUUAUGGUAUAAUGUUUUGGAAAAGUAAAACAUUAAAUUAUUAUAAUAAAAAAUAUUUAAUAGUUUCAUUAUGUACAUUAUAAUCACGAUUGUGGAAAUAUUUUUAAUUGGUGUCGUUACGUCGAAUGUAAACAAUGAAAAAAAUUCCGAAUUAUCACUUUCAAACGAAGAAUUACAAUCUAAUGUUUCAUUAGCAGUGAACGAAACCGUAUCAAAUACGACGAUAAAUGUGAAUAAAACCCAACGAUUAGUGCAAUGUUUACCGGGAAUGGGGGAUUUGCAUGUACAGUUAACCAACGAUACCGAACUUAUCAAGUUAUUGCAACCGGAUCCGAAAAUAACGGAGAGAGACGAACCAGGAUUAUGUGUAGUGGUGUUGUUUUAUUCUAAACAUUGUCCGUUUUCCACAAUGGCCGCGCCACAUUUCAACGCUCUACCCAGAGCGUUCCCUGAUGUGAAAAUGGUAGCCAUAAACGCGAUGAUGUAUCAUUUAUUCAAUACCCAAAACGGCAUCGUCGGGGUCCCGUCUCUGCUUCUAUUCCACAAUGGGAGAUCUAUUGGAAAAUUCAACGGAUCCGAAUAUACUUUGGAGAAAUUUUCUCAGUUUAUUCACAAGCAUACGGGUAUAUCUGCAGAGGAAAGCGUCGCCGUUACUUCGGCGGAUUUUUCGGGGCCAGUGACUAACGUCUCUUCCAAGGACUAUGAUUUGUUUUUAAUUUUAUCCUGGUUGUUCAUAAUUUUUUGUGCGGGGUAUUAUUUCACGAAAUCGAAGUGGUAUAAGUGGAUCAUUGAGGCUGUGCAAAGUAAUUGGAGGGAAUCUGAGGUGCACGCGCAACACGAACAUUUGGAAUAACAAAAUUUUGACUCUAAAAAAAACGUAAGUUUUGAGUUUAUAGAAAUUUGUUUAAUUUAUUCGAGAAUAAACGUUUUUUUUUCAUUAUUUAUAUUAUUUAAAUUGUCAAAAUAAAGGAUUCAUAAUUUAAA